GAAGUGAUUUGUUAAAACACCCAAGCUGUAAACCUUUCCGAGUCUCUAGACAAGGCUUCACGAACUUUCAUUCAAGCAGAAAGAAGAGAAACGAAACAAGAGCUCCUCACAGCUGCAUCAACAGCGAAUCGACAUGGAUGCACACACAAAGAAAACCGAACCAACCAACACUGACAUAGAAGAGGAUGAUAAGAAACCCUACAUUCUGCAAUUGCCAGACCACAUAACAGUGCAGAUAUUCUGCAAAGUCCCAAUUAAAACCCUCAUCCAAUGCCAGUGUGUGUGCAAGUCUUGGCGCCAUUCGCUCUCAGACCCCCAGUUUACCAAACACCUAUUUUCACAAACACCCCCUUCAUUUUUGUUCCAUGGCUUAAGAGGCGGCCCCAUAAACCCCAAAUCGGAGGGAUACUUAUUGUUCGACCUUGAUAAGGUCUCAAACCCAAAUGACUUUGUACUGAAGCUUGCUAGAGAUCCAAAUGUCCACGCUCUUCGUGUGGGCAUUUUGGGUUCUUGCAAUGGUUUGCUCUGCAUAUAUGAAUUGAACCAACGCCAUUUUUACAUUUCCAAUCCCAUUACUAGCGAGUCUUUAGCGCUUCCAGUGAUAUCCUUGUCUCCCCAUACUAUCGCCUAUUGUCAGCGUCGGAGAAUUGAUAAUCCGUAUUAUUGUGGGUUUGGGUUUAGUCCCAUCAGUAAUGUCUACAAAGUUGUUGUGUUUAUGUCUCCGAGUGAUAAAUCUAGUGAAGAUGAAGUAUUGGUUUUGACUGUUGGCUCCAGGAUUUGGAGAAGCAUUGGGGAUGUGUCUGUGUUCCCUUCCUCUCGGUUUCAACCAUAUGGGGUUUAUCUUAAUGGAUUCCUUCAUUGGGUUGGUCAGUAUGGGGAUAGUUCGACUUUCAUAUGGGCCUUUGACGUUGAAAGGGAGCAUUUCCAGCAGUUACCACUUCCUCCCUGUUAUUUGGACUUAGACCAGCUGCCGAGCUGUUUGGAUUUGCUAGAAACUCAAUUUACCCUUGGAGUCUUGAAUGGUUGCCUCUCUGUAACUGUUCGCUCUUGCUCGACUCGUAAUAUCAAUGUCUGGAUGAUGAAGGAUUAUGGCAUUAACGAGUCUUGGACCAAAGAGCUUGAAAUUAGCAACGAAGCACUUGAUUCUCCAACUUUUGCCCGAGUGUUGAAGUUUACAGAGGAGGGGAAAGUCUUGUUGUUAAAUGGGUCUCACUUGCAGGCUUACACUCCUGGAACAAGGGGUGUUGUGAUGGUUGAGGUUGAUGGGAUGCUAUCAUUGAUCGAUGAGUGUGUUCAUAUUCCAAGCUUUCUGCAGCUUAGAGAUAUCAUCGCAGGCUAGAGCUCAAAGGCUAGAGCUCCUUUUAGGAAUGAUUCUUUGCUCCGUUGUGACGGUUGAGGUUGAUGGGAUACCAUCAUUGGUCGAUGAGUGUGUCCAUAUUUCAAGCUUUGUUCAGCUUAGAGAUAUCAUCGCAGGCUAGAGCUCAAAGUUGACAGGGGCUAAUUUCGUCUGAUUUGACAUGGAUACUUCUGUGUAUGAGGCAGCAAGAUCGGGGGAUCUUGGUUUUCUUGAAAAAAGUGGAGACUGUGAGCAUCUUCUUCUGCAGAAAACACCGAGGAAUAAUAAUAUUCUUCACCUUGCAGCUGAGUUUGGACAAAUCGAUUUCUUCAAAGUCGUCCUGAUCCACAGUCAAUCUCCACAGUUUUGGGCCACCAACAACAAAGGCGACACUCCCAUGCAUGUAGCUGCUAGAGCAGGCUGUGAUGAAAUAGUAGGGUUGCUCAUUAAUCAAGCAAGGAAGCUAGGAGUAGAUGAGGAGGGUGCGCUGGCCGAUGGCGAAGCGUAUAAAGAGUUACUCCGGACCAAAAAUUCAAUUGGCGAUACGGCACUACAUGUUGCUAUCAGACAAGGUGACCUCGAGGUCGUGAUCCUAUUGGUUGAAGCCGACUCCGGACUAUGUUGUUUAACUAACAUCGCCAACGAGUCGCCAUUAUUCUUAGCUAUUUGCAAGGGGUAUGGAAGCAUAGCUCUGCACAUGUUAGGCAAUUCGCCAACGUCUCCUUCCUUUGAGGGGAUUAAUGGCGUCACGGCUUUACAUGCCGCAGUUACUCGCAUUAACUGUGAAGUAUUGAUGCAGCAAGAUAGUUCUAUUUCUUACAUCUUGGACAAAUCUGGAAUGUCAGCUCUUCAUGUUGCGGCAUACGCAGGCCGUCCGAAAGUGAUGGAAGAGUUGACUCAAUGGCGGCCUGAUACUUGUGAAUUGGUCAAUCACAAAGGCCAAACGGUUCUGCAUGCAGCAGUUUUAGGUGAUCAAUUUGAUGUUAUCAGCUACAUUGUGGACACGCCUAAAUAUGCAGGACUUAUAAAUGAAGCUGACAACGACGGAAACACACCUUUGCAUCUAGCUGCUAGUCGAAGUAAUCCUAAUGUCCUGAUAGCUUUGGCAAAGAACCCUAGAGUGGAUAGUACUGCUAUCAAUAAUCAACACUUGAAGGCUGUUGACAUUUUUCUUGGGGACGAUAUUGAACUGAGUGCCUUCAGUGGAUUGCCGGUUUCGAGACUUUUGGGCCGCGCUGUUGGUGUGCCAGUCUUCCAACAACAAAUCCGCCGUGAAUUUAUGAAACUGGAAUCACCGGAAAAGAAGGAUACACCAAACAGCACUUUGGUCAUUGCAAAGAAGAGAGCACUUGAAGCUUAUUGGGAUGACUCGAACAAGUUUAACACUGAUCUAGUGGUAGCGAUGCUUAUUGCAACCGUCACUUUUGCAGCAGCUUUCACAAUGCCUGGAGGAUUCAAAAGCAACGGAAUGGCCGUCUUGUACAGAAGGGCAUUUUUCGGAGUGUUUGUGGUAUCCGACGCCAUCUCCUUCUUUCUAUCAAUUAUUGUGGUGUAUAACCAUUUUAGGUUGUCAGCUUUCUCACGGGUCAUUCUAACGACACCUUCAAGUUUCAUUCAGUACUCCAUUGGAGGAAUGGUGGUAUCAUUUUCUUCAGGUAUGUUUCUAGUGCUACCCAAAUACAGUCCACUUGGCAUUCUGAUCAUUGUAGUAGCUUGCAUAGUCUGCUUUGGUAUCAUCAGAAAGUACAGUCUUGCUGAGAUACCGAACAAGCGCCAAGUGCCGUCAGGGCAAUGGCUCCGAUCCCGCAUAAUCUGAUGCUGCUGCUUGCUUGAAAAACAGUCUUUACUGGUUUCAUCUUUCAUUUGUGCAAGUUAGACGGUGUAUUUGCUUACCUUAUCAUGAAAUGAAGCUAUGUUUUUGGUGUCCUGUA